AUGAUAACAUUCCCCUAUCAACCAAAGUGCUUGAAAACACAGCACCACGACCAGUACGCCUGGCAGACGCUGAAACAUGACCAGCAUCCCCAUGUAUUCCACGUGGCAGCCGCCGUUUUCUGCAGACUGAAGGAGUCACACACCAACCAGAUUGUGUUGGUGUCUGGCGAGUCUGGGUCAGGCAAGACAGAGAACACCAAAUACAUGGUGAAACAUUUGAUGCAGAUAAGUGGCCACUCCCAAAAUGGUUUACAUGAAAGAAUAUUGGAGGUCAGCCCUCUACUGACGGCAUUCGGCAAUGCAAAAACAACCCUCAACGACAACUCAAGUAGAUUCGCCAAAUAUAUUCAGUUUAACGUCUCCGAGGAUGGCGGUAUUCAAGGAGCCACCAUCAAGGACUACAUGUUGGAGAAGACGCGCGUGGUUCACCAGGCACAGGGAGAGGGCAACUUCCACAUCUUCUACAGCUUCCUUGCUGGAAUGGCUGAUGAUGAGAGGACAGCCUGGUCGAUGAGGGAAGAUGCUACUUUCAGAAUCGCUGACGUCAGUCGUAGGAACUCUAAGAUCAACGACGCCAAGACGUACAAAGAAUGCAUGCGGAUCAUGGAGAAUGUCGGGCUCACAGGAGAGGAGAGGGAAAACGUGAAAGUGCUACUGGCUGCAAUCCUUCACUUAACUAAUAUAGAAUUCCUUGAAGAUGAGGAUAAAGCCACCUAUGUAGAAGAGGAACAUCAUCUUGGUAUAGUGUGCAGUCUCUUGGACACCAACUCUGAAGAUGUUGCCAAAGCCCUUGUUACCAAGAAAAUAUGCAUACCAGGAGAAGGUGACGGAGGUGAUAUCGAGACAUUGAGGACAAAGCGUGACGCUGAAGGAACUCGAGACUCCCUGGCCAAGACUCUGUAUGAGCGACUGUUUGGAUGGAUCAUUCGCAAGAUCAACCAGUCCCUCCACGCCAGCUAUAGCACUGACAACAGGGCAGGGAGCAUUGGUAUCCUGGACAUUUGUGGCUUCGAGUGUCUGAAGGAGAACAGCUUUGAACAGAUGUGUAUCAAUCUCGUCAAUGAGAAGAUGCAGGGCUUCAUGAAUGAGCAGAUCUUCAGGCGAGAGCAAGAGAUCUAUCGGAAUGAGGGCGUGGCCGGAGACUGUUUGGACAUACCGUACACAAACAAUGACCACAUCAUUCAGGCGUUUAUGGAGAAAGGGAUACUGCAUCUGAUUGAUGAGGACACGCAAUUGAAGCAGGCUACAGACGAAACGCUGCUCCUCAAACUGACGCAGAAAUUUAAAGGAAGCACUGUUUUCAGAAAACCUCCUGGAAACGAUCUCACGUUCAUCAUCAAGCAUUUUGCAAGAGAGGUGAGCUAUGGCGUGAGGGGUUUUCUGGAGAAGAACCGAGACGCCCUGAGUCAGGAGAUGGUUGACUGUAUGGCGAACAGUUCCAAUGACAUGGUGUCGGAUCUCUUCAGGGUGAAGAAAGGAGACACAGGAACCAUAUCAGACUCGCAGUACAACUUCCGGACAACAGGUCGGCCAAAGAUGAGGAAACCGACACAGCACAGAGAAAGUUUCACUCGCAGUGUCGUCAGGGAGCUCAGAAGAACUCACACCCAAAGAUUCGGGAAACUAAUGGUUGGUGACGAGCGUUACCGACACCAGGACACGCGCACUGUUAUUGGAUAUGUGAAGAAUUCCAUGAAGGAGUUGAUUGAGCUGAUGAAAAUAUCCCAAACAACAUUUGUCAGAUGCAUCAAACCGAACACGCAACGUGUCCCGGGCGAAUUUGAGGAGGCGUCGGUUCUGGAACAGUUAAAAUACAAUGGUAUAGCAGAGGUGGCUCGCAUCAGGAAGCAAGGCUGGCCCGUCAGAAGAUCCUUUAAAGAACUCGCAGAAAGAUUUUCAACUAAAUCUGGAAAAGCCGACAGCGCCAUGAGCCCGAAGGCAACAUCACAGGCCAUAUUGAAAGCCGCUCGAAUACCCUCCUGUGACUAUGCCUGUGGAAGGGACACGGUGUUCAUGAAGACCGAUGUUUUGGACAAACUCAAAAAGAGCCUAAAACAGAGAGAAGAAGAAGAGGAACGAAAGUCUCAGGAGGGGUUUACAAAAUUGAUCUCCGAUCAUUUAAGUCCGUCUUUGUCUACCAUUGGGGAGGCUGAAGAUCGAAGUGACACCCCUCGGUCUGACAGUACACAGUCCACGUUUGUACUGGUUGGGUCUGAGGCUGGGUCUCCGCCUUCUACCCCCGCGCCCACAACGUGUCCCCAGGGUGGAACCAGCAGACCGACCACACCGAACCAUAAAGGUGCUACAGCCCAAGGUGGUACUCAGAGACCCCCACAGUCUGCAGCUGCUUCAGGUAACACACAACAAGGCACCAAGAGGCCUCCAAAACCCGCAGCUUCUUCAAGUACCACCCAACAUGGUACUGAGAGACCUUCAACGUCUUCAGCUCGAGACACGAAAUCUGAAACUUCAGCCUCGGACGCCAAGCAAUUUGGGGCAUCUCGGGCUAAUGCAUCAGCUGGGAAAACAAAUGACAAAGACGAAGUGGAUUUUUGGGACGUAUUUCGGACUGUUGACACGGAAGUAGUUCGAAAGGAUGCUUACGACGAGAUGACUUUAAAGGUCAUCAAAUGCACAGUAUACAUUCUGCUGUUCCUGAUCCUUCUUUGCGCAUGCGUGGCACAGAGAGUUGGUCUGAUGGUCCUGCUCUCCAACAUUCCAGCAGCUUCCUCCACAGCAAGCACCACCAGGCAGGUCACGUCAGAACGAACUUUCACGGACUUUGACCGACAAAUGAAAUGA